GAGCGUGCCGGAGCGUGCCGGGCCGGACAGGCCGCCGCCGUCCCGGGAGCGCGGCGGGCGGCGGGCGCGUGAGGAUGGAGCUGAACUCCCUGCUGAUUCUGCUGGAGGCGGCCGAAUACCUGGAGCGCAGGGACCGAGAGGCCGAGCACGGCUACGCGUCGGUGCUGCCUUUCGACGGCGACUUCGCCAGGAAGAAAACAAAGGCGGCCGGCCUGGUGCGCAAGGCCCCGAACAACAGGUCUUCACACAAUGAACUAGAAAAGCACAGUGUAGGGGUGGGUGUCCGGAUCCAAGCCGAAUCCUCCCUGGCCUGCUCCGGGGAGUUUUGGCACUCGGCCAGUUCUCCGUAUCCUGCUUCCACCCCCAUGUCUGCGUCCACACCAGGGCCAACUUCCGCUCCCCCGGGAUUCUGGCCUCUGGCUGGGCGGGCGCUGGGCAGGGACAGGACACUGUGUUCUCUGGAGGAGCUUGUACGAGCCAAGCUCAGGCUCUAUCUGGAGCAGCUCAAGCAGCUGGUGCCGCUGGGCCCCGACAGCACGCGCCACACCACACUGAGCCUGCUGAAGCGUGCCAAGAUGCACAUCAAGAAACUGGAGGAGCAGGACCGCCGGGCACUGAGCAUCAAGGAGCAGCUGCAGCGUGAACACCGCUUCCUGAAGCGGCGCCUGGAGCAGCUGUCAGUGCAGAGCAUGGAGCGUGUGCGCACAGACAGCACGGGCUCGGCCAUCUCCACGGACGACUCUGAGCAAGAAGUAGAUAUAGAGGGCAUGGAGUUUGGCCCCGGCGAGCUGGACAGUGUUGGCAGCAGCAGUGACGCAGACGACCACUACAGCCUGCAGAGUGGCGGCUGCAGCGAUGGCAGCUACGGGCCCCACUGCCGGCGGCCUGGCCGCCUUGGCCUCUCGUAGGCCCGGUGCCCUCGGCCUGCCUGCCUGCCUGCCUGCCUGGCCAAGCAUUCAGCCCUCCAGACCUCCCUGUGACCGAUGCCAGCCUUCUCACGGCCCACUGCUGUGCCAUUCUGGAAGCCCCAGCUGCCACCUGGGCUGCCUGCCGACCGCCUGCCUGCCAGCCAGGGCCCACCGAGCCGCCCGCCCCUUCCGGCUGGGCAGGGCCCCCUGCAGGGAGGCAGGGCCCUGCUCCCCCAUCCCAGGGAGCCCAGCGUAGCCGCCCACGGUCUGUUCUCAGAAUCCUAAUCAUUCCGGAAGUAUUAAAUAUCAUUGCUGCAAACUUCGACGGGCACCGUGUGACGGGCUUAAUGACCACCCCAAUCCCGGAUCCCAGGAGAAAGGAGUGGACCGAGGAAGGGAGGAAGAGCGGCUCUCUGUUCGUCCAUCCGUCCGUCUGUUGGUCCACAUAGGCUCCUAAGCCAUGGACAGAGGGGACCAUGAAGGGCGGGACUCGGGUGAGCACCCUGGGGCAGGAGGGCGGAGAGGGGUCUUCCCUUCCCACACUUGCAGUUCUCAGAAGCUGGGCUGGGCUCUUGGGCAUGCUGGCCCCCACCCCAACAAGCUGGGCAGCUUCCGCUCUUUCAGGAGUGGCUGGUGACAGUAGCACUGUCAGACGCACACACGCAUAUGCCUAGGCGUACACGCACGCAUACCCGCAGGCACACACCUGAACCCAGAGCUGCCAGGACCCAGAGGCACGUGUCCUGGGGCGUUCAGCCUUCAGAGAUCACCUGGGCGGUACUGGCCCCCUGCCUCAUUUGGCUCCCCCUCCCACCGUCAACCCACCAGAUAGCCCCGCUUGUCUAAACAGGGGAAGGGGGCUUCUCUUCCCAGGCGGAGCUGGUGGAGCGGGUUGUGGGCAGAUUGUAGCCACCAGGUCCUUGGGGGGCUUUCUCAUCUCCCUCUCAAUAAGCAAAAAAAAAAAAAAAAAAUGCUGCACCACCCAGCUGUCCCCUUGAGGGGGCGGGGAGCUCCCAGGUCCUGCCUGUGGCAGCCUGCACUGGGAGAGAGGCUUUUCCCGAAAAAGCAAAAAAGAGAAACGUUUUUAAAAACACAGCACGAAAGACCCUUGGCCAAGUGACUUUGGUGCGUGCCGCCUAUUUUUCCUGUGCGAGAUUUUUGUAUUCUAUUUUCCUAGCCAUCGUCACGUCCUUGUUUGCGGAGGGGUGGGAGUGGCCCCGCAUCUCAGGGACUCACGUCAGUCUCCGUUGUCCUAGUGUGCCUUGUGCCCCGUGUGCCGCCCACCCUAGCCAUCGCCAUCUCCUUCAUGGCGCCCACUCCUCCCUGGCCCCCUCUGGGCUGAAGUUGAGGGGGGACUAGGCAGGCGCAGCAGCCGCUCCCAGCAGGCCAGCCUCUCUUUGGAGAGGAGGGCCCCCUGGACCAUGCCAGGUCCUGUUUGGGCAGUGUGGCUUCUUGCUGUAACCUGGCGGGAGGGCUAUAACCUGGCCCUUGGUUUCAUCUUCCUUUGGAGCCCUGGUGGUACAGUGGUUAAGAGCUCAGUUGCUAACCCAAAGUCCGGCAGUUCGAACUGACCAGCCACCUGUUGGAAACCCUACAGGGCAGUCCUAUUCUGCCCUGUAGAGUUGCUAUGAGUUGGAAUUGACGGCAAAGAGUUUGUUGUGUCUGGGGAGAAAGGCCUUCUGGGCUGGGAGCUUGCUAACCAGAGAAGUUGCUUCUCAGCCAUUCACCCGGCUCACCCCUACUCCCUCUGGCCUGGAGUGAGGCUCCAGGUUUCAGACGUUGGCAGCUGAUGAAGACAACCAUUCCCCAGGUGGUGCCAGCCUGAGCACUAGGAGGCUUCCACUGGCCUCUGCCGUGCCCCCCUCCCCCCCGUCUGUGUCCCCAGGGACCCAGAUAGCAAUACUUAAGUGGCAGGGACGGGGCUGGCACACAGCAGCUCCUGCCACCUCCUCUGGUGCAUUGUGACCAAUUUCCAAAUCAUGGGGCAAAGUGAGUGUUUAUUUUCUAUCACACCAGCUGACCCCCCGCGACGGGUGGUCUCCUGAGGCAGAAAGGGGUUCCUGGAACCAGCUCUGGCACAGAACCUGCUCUAGUGGGGUUCGAGAUGGUAGGCGGAGGCAGGGUGGACCCUGGAAGGGUUGGGGAGAUUGUCCACACAUCUGCUGGGUGGUUGUGAGGGGAGCUUCUCUGCCUGCAUCUCCUACCAGCUCCUGGGCGGGGGGGGUCGGGGUGCUCCAAAAGGGGCUUCUUCUAUCAGUAGGCCCCAGUGUGGCCACAGAGCCCCAGUACUUAAGGACCUGCUCAGGAGGGAGAACUCCAGGGCCCCUAGGUUAAUCUGUGUUUUGAACUUUUAAAGCAUCUUCCCUCCUCUCCCCGACACCCAGGGAAGGUCUGCUCCCACCUCUGGCCAGCAGGAUCCAGCCUGGGAACCAGCUGUGGCCCCUCGGCAGACAGUCCUGGCAGCUUGGCCAGGGGCUUUUCCUGUCUUUGUUCUCAUCUGGGCUAGGAAGUGGGCUAUUGUUGACCACAGGGAUACAGGGCUGUAGCCUGGGAUGCCCCCUCCUCACCAUCAGCAGAAUUGUGAGUGGAGCUGGCCCUGGGCCCUUGCCUUCCCUGCUCAGAGCCGAGGUGUGUGUGUUUGGGGAGGGGGGCCCAUGGCCAGGAGUCUGGUGCUAGGAGUUACUUGAACAUCCAUCCCUCCUGGCUCCUGGCCAUUUGCACAGGUUGUCCACGGCUGAUGGCCACGGGGACCCAGAGGGGCCAUACUGAGGCGACGUUGGGUGGUUCUGAGCAUACCCAAGUGUCGUGUCUAUAGAAAGCAGAGGACCAGAACAGGCCACUGGAGGUACUUGUACCCCCUCCUUGUGUGCCCUUUCAUGCACACGCUUGCCCCUGUGACACUCUGUGGCCAAGAUUCUGGAAACCCGGGCUCGGAUUUGGGUACUCUGACCAUUGCUGGGAGGUGGCUCCCACACACCAGGCCACCACUGACCAGGUGCAGGUGCCCCACUGGCUGAGGGGAAGGGUCUGCAAGAGGGUGGUGCUCCCCACGGAGCCCACCUCGGCAGACCUCCCCCCCGCCGGCCCGUCUCUGGAUGCAGGGUCUCAGCCUGCUUUCCUGGACUGCCAGAGCUGCUGGCCGAGCUAUGGACAUGGGGUCUCAUCCCCUCUACCCCCACAAGGUCCCUGUCCACUGGGCCAGGCAGGCUGCCCCUCCAUCCCCCCGCCUCUCUUUGGGUCAGCUAACCUGGGCCCUCCCCACCACCCUGCCCAGAGAACUCUGGCCCCGGGCCAGUAGAGGUGGAUGGUGCCGUCUGGCCCUCAUUCAGGGCACUAGGGCAGGUUCCGUGCCAGAGUCGGGGCUACACGGGGGGCCUGGUGCCAGGGAGGUGGACUGUGUCAUCAGAUCCUUGCUGGAGAGACACAGGGGCCACCCCGCCUGCCCACCAGGUGGGACUGUGAUCUGUAUCAUUCUGUCAUUGUAAUAUAAAUACAGAUUUUUAUACCUCA